AUGGCCACCUCACUCUUGACUGUGCCGAGUCUGUGGGCUGUGGCCCAGCUCACCCUUGACAUCAACCUAUGUAACACCUCCCAGAACUCGCUGGCCAAGCCCAUCAUUUUAAUCAGCCAAGGCAUUGCCAUAGAGCAGAGGGUGAAGGUGGACUUCUACUGUGGCACCAAGCACAUCAACAUUACCAUCCACUGGGUCUUCAACAAUGUCUGCCUCGUGCUCCAUGCGCAGAUGCAGCUGUCCAUGGAUGACAAGAUGAUCGCCAUCCUCACUGUCCCCCGGAAGGACUCUGGGACUUACCAGCAUGGUCCUGACCCCGCUGAAAUCACACUGGAUCCUGGUGUACUCAGCAGGGAGGUGGCUGAAGGGGUAGAGCAUGACUUCACCCCGUCUCCUACCACGAGAACGUUCACCAUCCAUGUUGUGUCCAGGGAACAUGAAGGCAAAGCUAUGUGAGGGUGCUUGGUGUCCAACGGUACCACCCAGCUGUCCCGUCUGGGUUCUGUUAAAGUUCAGGAGGCCGUGGAGGCGGUGUUCAACUCCAACCUGACCCUGCAGUGUCCGGCUGAGUCCGAGCCGGAAGCGGAGUAUUGCUGGACCCCUGAACGCUCCUCCUGGGAGUCUGUUGGGGAGCAGCUGAUCACUGGGGCUCUGACCUGGGAGCACCAGGGGCUCUACAACUGCGCGGACUUCAACCAAAUGCCUCGCCUGGCCCUUUCCACCUUGGUCCUGGUCAGGGUGAUAGGUCCCCAGUCCUCCCCGUCUGCAGGGGUCGUUGUUGGCUGCCUAACUGUGAUUGCCCUGGCUUCAGGGAUGGACUGUUUUCUCUUCGCCAGAAAUUCCAGAUGGUCCUCAAGGAAAACAGCAGAGGACCCCAUGAAAGAGGCUGCAAAACCCACCUCUGAGGAGGAGCACCCCGCAGAGCCCAUUUCCAGUAAGUGA